AUGGCCGUCAGAUACACCCCAGAUGAACUGAAGUUCCUUAAAGAGUCUCCUCUGGUAGUUAAACCUCUUGGCCUGCCUCCAGCAGAGCAAUGGAUGGGGACACCAGCAGACCCUACUCGUAAUUCAGCCAAGCUAGCGAAUGAGAAGGCUAAGAAUCACAGCUCUAACUUGGACCUAGAUCAGCCAAAUAAACGGCCUGGUGCUGAACGGCACAUGUCGCGAAGCAGUGCGAAUCCGGAAGAUAUAAUCUUGGGACCCCCGAAGACCUCUUUCAUGUCCGCAACCUCUAUUCGAAGCGCUGGUAAACCUUUCGAUUCUCCAGAACGGGAGCGGGCCUCUGCUCGCGAUGUGGACACUCGUGACCGAUUCAACUUCCGCGGUGGCAGGACUGGCGAUGGGGAUAAUGACCGACCACGAGAGGGCCGUAAUAAUCUACGAAUGAGACGCAACGACGGUGAUCAGGACAGCGACGGAUGGAGCACGGUUAAGCCUCGCAAGAGCUUUGGGAACGAAGGAGCCGAGAGAUUCAACGGGCGGAUGGGUCUCGACAGACAUAAGGAUGAUAAGAGAUUCAGGGAUCGAGAAGAUCGAGACCAUAAAGAGAGACCAGCUCGAGGCUUCGAUAGCUACUCUCGGGACAAGGAUACUGAUGAUCAUGAGCGAGCCGAAGGGCGUAAGAAUGGCACCGGACGCGGACGCAAUGAGCCUUCGUGGUUCAAAGACAGCGCUGAUGGAGCACCUGCACCGAGGGAGCGAAACAGUAAUAGCAACGGGGAUCGGCCUAUGGAUCGAAGCAGAGGCUGGAGGGACAAAGACCGCGAAGACAGAGGGGAUCGAGUGCCCGAUAGGGGAGAUCGACGCUGGGACAGAGACCAGCGCCAGGAGCGCGAGCCUGAGUGGUUCGCUGAACCGGAAGAGGAAAAGACCCAAGCUCAUACACAGGAAGAAUUUCAGAAGUGGAAAGAGCAGAUGCAAGGAAAAGAUAGAACUUCUGCCAGCAAGGCACCUGCGGAAGUUGCGUUGCCCAGCGCUGAUACUGGUAGUGGCUUUUUCGGGUUAGAGAAACCGAAGGUUGAAACUCCACUUGCAAUUGAUACCGGACCUGAUAAGUUCUUCGGCAAGUGGGCUACUCCGACAGAAGAGAAGAGCCCAGAGGCGGGUUCUGAACUGAGAAAGGAAGGGUUGGCAAAGCCCAAGGGAGCUGGAAAAGCAUCUCGAUUCACGUCGUUUUUCGCUCAGGAAGAGCCUCAGGGACGGCAACCCGAGCCCUUGCCAGCCAUGGCACAACCAUCUCAAGGUGGGUUUGAUGCACUUCUAGCAAAUAGCUCGCAAUCUGCUGCCGAGAAGGAGGCUUUUCAACAAUUACUUCAAAAGCUUCAACGCCAAACCAUUUCAGGCACAGGCACAGGCUCUGCUCGUCCAACAGGCGUACCUAUUCAGCAAAAGCCAUAUACUUCAGAAAAGCAGCAAAGUAACCAGAUCCCCAGCCAAGACAACUUCCAGCAAUAUCGUGCCGAGCGCCAUGAGGAAGGACGACCAGCCACGCGAAACUCACAGCAGGCCCUCCAAGAACUAAUGACCCAGAGGCAGGUGGCUGGUAGUCAGCCGACGAUUAGACCAGAGCAGAUGUUGCAAGAGUUAGUUGGCCAACGUCAAGAUGCUUUGAAUCGGGCUUCACGCACGCCAGAUCAACAACCUGCCCGAAACGACAACACCGCAUUUCUCAUGGGCCUGAUGCAGAGCGCCAAGGCAGCACCAGAACCCCAAAGAUCAGAGCAGGCUCAUAUGAGAAUACCACUAGGAAAACCAAUUGAUCGCCAGCAAAUGCAACAACAACAGCAAAUGCUUGAGCGAGAGGAAGCUGCGCAACGAGAAGCAGCACAACGUGAACGGAGCACAUCUCAACGUGCGCGGGCUCAUCCGCCACCAGGAUUCUUCGACGACCCAGCUUUCCAGCGUGGACCGCCUCCUCCGCACGAGAGGCAGUCAGGCAAUCCUCCGCAACCAACCCAAAUCCUACAACGCCCACCACCUCCAGGGUUAGAAAUGGGCUGGGACCGCGCCUCACAACUCCCUCCCCCUCAACACCGAAUCAAUCCAAAUGUCCCGCCUCCACCAGGAUUGGCCAGCGCUCCAAACCGCGGCAUGCCCGUUCCCCAACAAAUGUUUCCUCCCGGCUUUCCCAUGGGUAGCUUCCCUCCGGACGUAAUGCCAGGCCCCCCACGGAACAUUCCGAUGCCUCCACCACCGGGGUUCUUUAACUCUCCACCUCCAGGAUUCUUGCCACCAGGUAUUAGCGGAUUUCAAGGACCGGAAGGUAUGGCGUUCGGCGGUGCGCCUUUUGAUGGAAGGGGACCACCUCCUCAGGGGGCCUUCAGGAGACAAUAG